AAUCUUCGUCCUCGAUACAUUUUUUAUCUCUUUCAUGUUUCAAUUGACUCUAUCUUGAGUAGUAGAGUGUCUCGAAUGUGACAUGGCGUCCAUCAAGAAAUAUCACGGCCUCCUAUAAAACUGUUUUAAUGACAGUGGUCUCUUAUUGAAUUUUAUUUCAGAGGCCGUAAUAAAUCGUACAUUUGCAUUGAUGGUAAUGCAUGCAAGGAAACCUCAGCGAAUAAGCGAUGGGUACUUUGAGAAGCACCAGACCCAUCCGUAUCAGAAGUACAAUUCCAAGAGAAUUGCUAAUGACUACAGUACUUCUGACAACCGCUACACACCACUGCGAUCCCCGAAUGGUAAUGUGUCAGCGCAUGGCCAUGGUGCGCUUGCGGGCCAUGGUGGUCACACGGGCCAUUCGGGCCACGGCCACCACCACUACAACCAUAUGCUUGACGACAGGGGCUAUCCAAUAUCACGCAACUCCUACAUUCAAAAAGGUUCAGACAAGGAGAGAGAUAGAGACUACAAAUCCUGUAGAAAUAAGUAUACAGAUGUCAGAUCACCUAAGGAGAAACGUAACAAAGACAGUGAGAGGGAGAAAAAUAACUAUGAAAGAUGUGAAUCGGAGAAAAAGAGUAGGACUAGUGGCAUGAGUAGUAGUGUUAAUAGAAGUAGUAAAUAUGACAAAAGAAGUGCUCCUACUUCAAGCGUGCCUUCGGGCGGUGAAUGGUCAGAACACAUUAGUUCAUCAGGAAAGAAGUAUUAUUAUAACUCUAUCAGUGAAGUGUCACAGUGGGAAAAGCCUAGGGAAUGGGACUCAAGACGGACCUCAUCCAAAGAUUCUACAUAUUCAUCAAGAAGCAAUCGCGAGAAGAGAUCCAGCUCACGGUCGGGGCGUCGCGAGCCGGAGAAGACAAACAAACGAUCCAACAGCACGACAGAAAGAUACUGGAGCAGCAGAGAGGAUGACUUACACGAACGAGGACGGACGAAGCACUCCUCCUCACAACACGACGGGAAAGAGGGUCAAUCGCUGCAGGAUAUGGAUAUCUCACCGGACCGAAGCACGCCCCUGUCGGAGAGUUCUCACGGAGCGCGUGAACCGCCGAGGGACGGUGGAGUGCCUCCCGUUGUCGUCCUCGACAAUUCCAACCAACCGAGCGGUUCGUUAUUGGCGGCGGCGUUACCGCGCAUCGUGGGAACGGCGUCGAUGCAGAGUGUAGUCCACGUGGCCUUGUCGGGGUGUGGCGCGGGUGGCGGCGGACCUGGCGUGGGUCCUCCGCCAUGCAACAACGGCGCUUCGCCCCUCAGCGGUGGGGACACUCCUCACCGCGACGCGGGACCACCCACGCCCACGCACUCGGAGAACAUAGACCCACAUGCACCGCCGCUACAUCUGGAGAACGCCCUGCCUCGGAAAAUGGAGUGCCUAGGUAGCUAUUCCUCAGUGGUGGGGAGCUCCUUACAGCACGCGCCGCCGAUGCUCACACCGUCUCUAAUAAACUAUGUACGCAGCGAUCUCACGGGACAUGUCACAGGUUGGCCUGCUGACAUACUAGAGAAACAGGCUUACAAGUUCACGGAAGAGGCGUAUCAGUUAGGUUGUCUUCAAUGCACGAGAGUGUCGGCUGAACUCAAGUGUUCUCGGUCAGUGGUACGACACACAGAGAUCCAAGCCACGUUGCAGGAACAGAAAAUCAUGUACUUGCGGCAACAGAUCUCUCGCCUGGAGGAGCUCAAGUCGCAAAACUCGUUUAUGUCGGAGGACUAGGGUUUGCGGUGGGGGGCAGCCCCAGCGCCCCCCGCCCCCCGCCUCGUGUCCACUCUACCCCCCCUCCCGCCGGGGUUCCGGCAUGCCCGGGGCGUCUGGCUGCCACGGGUCCCCACGUACUCACCGCAAUCGCCGCCGCCACACGAAGCGCGUGCUGUUCAUUCCGUUAAGUUUCUAUAUAAUAAUUGUAGACCGAGUGACUACUGAUGUGUGUGAUUUUGAUGUUAAUGAUAAUUGAUAAGCGAUCGUUUCUAGUGAUCGUGUGACGGGUUCGGUCAAUUAGAAUGGUAUUCCUUAUUAGAUGUGUUUGUAACUGAUAGAUUCGCCCGCGAUCCUUAAAUUUGUAUCACAUUUUUCACGGAGUAAUGUAAUCGGAUAUCAGACGUUGGUAUCGUUUGUAUAAGUAGGUUAAGUAGUUCGUGGAUUCUUUUGAAGUGAUCAUUGCACAAUACGAGUGUUAAUAUCCUGUCUCUUACAUUUAUUUAAUACAAGUAGAAAGAAGAGUUUUGUGAUUAGACAUAAUUGUGUUUGAUUACAAAGAGCCUUUUGGAUGAUUUCAUAUAGCUUUCUAUUUGCAUGCUGCACUUACUACAUUGAAGGGACUAUGAUUAUUGAGUUCUUUAAGUGUAAGUUUCAUAAAACAUUUCGUUAUAAUAUGUUUAUUGUAAAAAAUUAAAUUAUUAAAAAUGAUUCUUUCUUAGAAAAUUAUCGUUUUUCUAUAAUUAAUAUAAUAUCAAAGUGCCCAUGUGCGAGAAUGUGCGUUUAAUGCGCUUGAUGUUUAUUUCUAAUCAAUCAAUGUAUAGACUCUGUAAAAACCAAGUAUUUUGUAAUAAUUAUUAUUAAGUAACUCGACUUUCAUUGUACUUUAUGUUAGUUGAUUUUUAUUAAAAAAAUCAUAUAAGCCUAAUAAAAGCCGUCGUAUGAACGGUUCGCUCGGGGGCGCCACUAACUAGAUGUAGGUAGGUAAAGAACUCCGGUCUAGGUCUUUUUAUUUUUUUAACAUAGCGAUAUAAUGAUUAAAUUGUAAUACAGAAUUGACACCAAUCCAUGUAAUUAUAAUAUAAUAUGUCAGAUAAACAGAAGUACUGUGAUAUUCAUUCACGUUCAAGCGUAAUGAUUGUGAAUUGUAUAUAGGUCUGUCUGGGGCGCGCUACACUGCCAGCGUGUGCUUUGUUGACCGACCAAUAUAAUUAGACUAAAGUCAACCCACCUCUCCCGCUCACCCCAUCACCCCCAAAACUUGUCUCAGUACCUCUUAUAUGCGAGUCAAAUGUGAAGUAUAAUUGUUUUUAUAUAAGAUAAUAAAUGUGUGUUUGUUGUUGUUGUUAUGUAAUAAUGGAAAUGGAUUUUAAUAUGUAUAUUUUGUACAUAUAUUUUAAUAGUAAAAAAAAAUGUACACUAUUAAAUACAAGAAGAAAGCAAUAAGAAACUGAAAAUUUAAAUUUAAAGAGGUGUUUUAUAAGUAACGAUCUGGAUGCCAUGUAUGUCCGGCUACUUGUAUGGUUUAUUUUUUCUUCAGCCAGGUCUUUUUCUUGAUGACGUCACAUUAACGGUAGUCUAAUUAUUUUGGUCGUCUAGUAUAGAUCUUUUUUAUACGGAGGAGUCGCACCCUCCGCACAGGGUUUGUCUAUCAUCAUAACAUUUCUUUUCCAUAGUGACGUUUGUUUUCUGAUAUUGUUCGAAAUACAAAGAUUUUACCAGUUUAAAUAAAUCAAUUUUAAAUAAG